AUGCCUUCUCUACCAGACCAUGCCUUCACCAUUACGGGCGGCUGCAACUGCAGCGCCAUCCGCUACAAACUAUCUGUGCCGGCACUCGCGGACCGGCCCCCGACGCACAUGAAGAUUCACCUCUUCCUCCCGCCCGAGCAGGCGCACAAGGACUGGCGCCUCCCGACCGUCGCCGUGUGCCACUGCGCCAGCUGCCGCCGCGGCUUCGGGAGCGUGGUGCCGGCGAUGAUGCAGUGUCCCGCGUACAUGCUCUCCGUCUCGGCUCUCCCUGUAGAGUCGACCGAGAAGACGGAGGACGUUGGGACGGGAGGGUUUUCUGCGCUGACGCCGCGCAAGUCGGCCGGGGACUUGGAUGACCAGCGGCAAGCCGAGUUCCGUCCGGCGGCCGAAGUGUUCAAACCCGGCCCCCAAUCCGGGAACACGUGGGUCAGGUUCUAUCACGCCUCCGGGUGCCUGCCGGACGCGGCGCGGGUGUUUUGCGGGCGGUGCGGGGUGCACUUUGGGAAGGCCUACCGGAUCACGGAGGAGCUGUUAAGAUUCAUGGACAAGCCGGCAGGCGGGUGGGACGAGGUGGUGAACGUCAACAUCGCGACUGUGGACGACGGGUUGCUGGAGCAGGAGUGGAUGGAGCCGGCAGCGCAAGCUUUCGGGUCGUUGUGGGGUGUUCCAUGGGUUGUGAAGACGGUGAAGAUGGGCGGGGAUGAGGGCCAAGCUUGA